AUGGUUGAGGAGCAAGAUAAAUUGCUUCCAAUAGCCAACGUAGGGCGGAUCAUGAAGCACAUCCUCCCCCGGAAUGCCAAAAUUUCCAAAGAAGCCAAAGAAACAAUGCAAGAAUGUGUAUCAGAAUUUGUAAGUUUUGUAACCUCUGAAGCAUCAGACAAAUGUCGCAAAGAGAAUCGAAAAACACUGAAUGGAGAUGACAUUUGUUGGGCUCUCAGUACAUUAGGGCUUGAUAACUUCUCCGAGGUUAUGUCGAGGUACUUGCACAAGUUUAGGGAGUUUGAAAGACAGAAAGUUGAACAAAACAAAGCCUCAAGUAAUGAAGAGAAAGAUGAAGUAACCAGCAAUGUUUUCGGCCUGAAGCCCAACUCUUCAGCUCUAUUAGAGUUCGGAAUUCUUGAGAAGGGCGGAAGCUCAUCUGCAAAACGGAAGUAA